ACCAGGAGGGAUCUGGGCGGGUACCAUAGAGGGAGUGAGGAAAGAAGAGCGCGUCGCCCCACCCAGAGCCAAAGGAGUGGCUUGCUUUUUUCCUUCUUCCUCGAUUUUUUCUUUUGCUCCCGCGCGCGCACGAGGGCGAGGGGGAGGAGCGGAGUGCCUGUCAGUCAGUCAGCUUAGUCGGGCGCUGCCGGCUGGACGGCCUGCUUGUGCCUGUUUGUCGUGGGCUUCCCUAUGACUGGGCCGCUGAGGCAUUGAGGGGAGGAGGAAAAGGAAAAGGGGGUGUGGGUCUGCCCGGGCUCGGGGCGGAGCGUGCGGAGGCGGGGUGGGAGAGAUGAGUGGGGCAGCAUCUGCUGCCGCCGCCGCCGCCGCCUCCUGUACCGGAUCCGAGCCUGGUGGCUUCUUCCUCUUCCCGAGAGGAACCGGCGAAGGCGGGGAGACCUGCGUGGCCAUGGGGCCCGGCGAGAGCGCGGCCGGGUUUGGGGCGCUGCUGCCGCCGCUGGCAUCUUCAGGGCUUUCCUCCCCCCCUGGCGGUAGUGGCUGUCGGGGUCGCUACCAGCUGCUGUUGUCAGGCCGGGCCCUGGCCGAGCGGUACCGGAGAAUUUACACCGCGGCGGCCCUGAGCGAGCGGGAGCAGGCCGGCCACCCGGGCAGGUGUAAAAAACUUUUAAGCAAGAAGAAGCUAAAACGAAAGCAGAAGGGCAAAUUGAAGAUCAGAACACGGAACAAGAGUGAAAAUCUGGAUAGUAUGGUAACCAUACCUGACAUCAAGCUUCACAGCAACCCUUCAGCUUUCAAUGUCUACUGCAAUGUGCGGCAUUGUGUUCUGGAAUGGCAAAAAAGGGAGAGCUCUGUAGCUUUGGCUUCAAAAAAUAUGGUGCAGAGCGGUGAUUCAGAUAGUGAUGAAGAGGAGGAGGCUAAAGAGCCCCCUAUCAAGCUCCCAAAGAUAAUUGAAGUUGGACUAUGUGAAGUGUUUGAACUUAUCAAGGAGACAAGGUUUUCUCAUCCAUCUCUCUGCCUGAGAAGUCUGCAGGCCCUUCUUAAUGUGCUUCAAGGCCAGCAGCCAGAAGGUCUCCAGUCAGAACCUCCUGAAGUUUUAGAGUCUCUGUUCCAGCUUCUUCUAGAAAUUACUGUUCGGAGUACUGGAAUGAAUGACAGUACUGGUCAGUCUUUGACAGCACUUUCAUGUGCUUGCCUCUUCAGUCUUGUAGCUGCAUGGGGAGAAACUGGAAGAACGCUUCAGGCAAUCUCUGCUAUCCUUACCAACAACGGGAGCCAUGCUUGUCAAACUAUCCAGGUGCCAACUAUCUUGAAUUCCCUCCAGAGGAGUGUACAGGCUGUUUUGGUGGGCAAAAUACAAAUCCAAGAUUGGUUUAGCAAUGGGAUUAAGAAAGCAGCCCUCAUGCACAAGUGGUCAUUGAAGGAAAUUUCUGUAGAUGAAGAUGACCAGUGUCUCCUUCAGAGUGAUGGUUACUUUUUGUAUUUAUUGUGCAAAGACGGACUAUACAAAAUCGGCUCUGGGUACAGUGGAACAGUCAGGGGUCAUAUAUACAAUUCUACAUCUCGCAUCAAAAAUAGAAGGGAGAAGAAGUCUUGGCUGGGUUAUGCUCAGGGUUAUUUGUUAUAUAGAGAUGUGAACAAUCAUAGCAUGACAGCCAUAAGAAUCAAUCCUGAAUCUUUGGAGCAAGAUGGUACAGUAACAUUGCCAGAUUGCCAGACUGAAGGGCAGAACAUCCUUUUCACUGAUGGAGAGUAUAUUAAUCAGAUAGCAGCUUCUAGAGAUGGAGACAGUUGGCCUGGGAAGGAUGGCUUUGUUGUUCGAAUAUUUGCAACAAGUACUGAGCCAGUGCUACAGCAAGAACUGCAGCUUAAGCUUGCCAGAAAAUGCUUACAUGCAUGUGGUAUCUCAUUAUUUGAUCUGGAGAAAGACUUGCACAUUAUCAGUACAGGGUUUGAUGAGGAGUCAGCUGUUCUUGGUGCAGGAAGAGAAUUUGCACUAAUGAAAACAGCUAGUGGAAAGAUUUAUUAUACUGGCAAAUACCAGAGCCUUGGAAUCAAACAAGGUGGUCCUUCGGCAGGGAAGUGGGUAGAACUGCCAGUCACCAAAUCUCCAAAGAUUGUUCAGUUCUCAGUUGGGCAUGAUGGCUCACAUGCCUUGCUUGUUGCAGAGGAUGGAAGCAUAUUUUUCACAGGCUCAGCAAGUAAAGGGGAAGAUGGAGAAUCAACCAAAAGCAGGCGGCAGUCUAAGCCAUAUAAGCCCAAAAAAAUUAUCAAAAUGGAAGGAAAAAAUGUGGUACAUACUGCGUGCAAUAAUGGGAGUAGUUCUGUCAUUUCAAAAGAUGGAGAACUAUACAUGUUUGGAAAGGAUGCUAUUUACUCUGAUAGCACAAGUUUAGUAACAGAUUUGAAAGGCCAUUUUGCAACUCAGGUAGCCAUGGGCAAAGCUCAUACCUGUGUGCUAAUGAAGAAUGGAGAAGUUUGGACAUUUGGAGUGAAUAACAAAGGACAAUGUGGUCGAGACACUGGCUCCAUGAGUCACGGAGGAAAAAGUUUUGGAGUUGAGAACAUGGCAACAGCGAUGGAUGAAGAUUUAGAAGAAGACCUAGAUGAAAAAGAUGAGAAAUCCAUGAUGUGUCCACCAGGCAUGCAUAAGUGGAAGCUGGAGCAGUGUAUGGUGUGCACUAUUUGUGGGGACUGCACAGGCUAUGGGGCAAGUUGUGUUAGCAGUGGACGUCCUGACAGGGUACCUGGAGGCAUCUGCGGCUGUGGUUCUGGUGAGUCUGGCUGUGCUGUAUGUGGGUGUUGCAAAGCCUGUGCUAGAGAAUUAGAUGGUCAGGAAGCAAGGCAAAGAGGAAUUCUUGAUGCUGUAAAAGACAUGAUUCCACUGGACCUUCUGCUAGCUGUCCCUGUGCCUGGAGUUAAUAUUGAAGAACAUCUCCAGUUACGGCCAGAAGAAAAGCGGCAGCGUGUGAACAGGAGGCACAGACUAGAGGAAGGGAGAGAUGGAAGUGGAGAUAGGAGUGAGAAGGAUGCCAGCAAAAUCACCACCUAUCCACCUGGGGCAGUCCGCUUUGACUGCGAACUCCGAGCAGUACAAGUUAGUUGUGGGUUUCAUCAUUCAGUUGUUCUGAUGGAGAAUGGUGACGUUUAUACAUUUGGAUAUGGACAGCAUGGGCAACUCGGUCAUGGAGAUGUUAAUUCCAGGGGAUGUCCUACUCUGGUACAGGCACUACCAGGACCUAGCACGCAAGUUACUGCUGGCAGCAAUCAUACAGCUAUUCUGUUAAUGGAUGGACAAGUCUUCACAUUUGGAAGCUUCUCUAAAGGGCAACUUGGCAGGCCCAUUCUGGAUAUUCCUUACUGGAAUGCAAAACCAGCACCCAUGCCUAACAUAGGAUCUAAGUAUGGACGCAAGGCUACUUGGAUUGGAGCAAGCGGUGACCAGACUUUUCUUCGAAUUGAUGAAGCUCUCAUUAACUCUCAUGUGCUUGCUACAUCAGAGAUCUUUGCUAGCAGACACAUAAUAGGCUUGGUACCUGCUUCCAUAUCGGAACCCCCUCCAUUUAAGUGUCUGUUGAUAAAUAAAGUUGAUGGAAGUUGUAAAACCUUUAAUGAUUCUGAACAGGAGGACCUUCAAGGAUUUGGUGUAUGUCUAGAUCCUGUUUACGACGUUGUUUGGAGGUUUCGACCCAAUACAAGAGAACUGUGGAGUUACAAUGCAGUUGUAGCUGAUUCCAGACUGCCUUCAGCCCCUGAUAUGCAAUCCCGCUGUAGUAUUUUAAGCCCAGAACUGGCUCUUCCAACAGGGUCCAAAGCUCUUACAACUAGGUCACAUGCAGCUUUGCACAUUCUAGGCUGUCUUGAUACAUUGGCUGCUAUGCAGGACUUAAAAAUGGGUGUGACAAAUACAGAAGAAGAGACUCAAGCUGUGAUGAAAGUAUAUUCCAAAGAAGACUAUAGUAUUGUCAACAGAUUUGAAAGUCAUGGAGGGGGUUGGGGUUACUCAGCCCACUCAGUAGAAGCCAUUCGCUUUUGUGCUGAUACUGACAUUUUACUUGGUGGCCUUGGCCUUUUUGGAGGCAGAGGUGAAUAUACUGCUAAAAUAAAGUUGUUUGAAUUGGGUCCGGAUGGAGGCGAUCAUGAGACAGAUGGUGACCUUCUUGCUGAAACUGAUGUCUUAGCAUAUGAUUGUGCUGCAAGGGAAAAGUAUGCGAUGAUGUUUGAUGAACCAGUUCUUUUGCAAGCUGGCUGGUGGUACGUAGCUUGGGCACGUGUGUCUGGUCCUAGUAGUGAUUGUGGGUCCCACGGACAAGCUUCUAUUACUACUGAUGAUGGUGUUGUUUUCCAGUUUAAGAGUUCAAAGAAAUCAAAUAAUGGUACAGAUGUUAAUGCGGGUCAGAUCCCUCAGUUAUUAUACAGACUGCCAACAAGUGAUGGCAGUGCAUCAAAAGGAAAACAGCAAACAAGUGAGCCUGUGCAUAUUUUAAAGCGCUCUUUUGCAAGAACUGUCUCAGUGGAGUGUUUUGAAUCACUAUUGAACAUUCUUCAUUGGAGCUGGACAACCUUAGUGUUAGGAGUAGAAGAGCUUCGAGGGUUGAAAGGGUUCCAGUACACAGCCACCCUUUUGGAUUUAGAAAGGCUGCGAUUCGUUGGCACUUGUUGCUUGAGGUUACUGCGUGUCUACACAUGUGAGAUAUAUCCCAUGUCAGCUACUACAAAAGCUGUUGUUGAAGAAACUAGCAAGCUGGCAGAUUGUAUUGGGAAGACUAGAACCUUACUAAGAAAAAUUUUAUCUGAAGGAGUUGAUCACUGUAUGAUAAAGCUAGACAACGACCCCCAAGGGUAUCUCACUCAGCCACUGAGUCUUCUAGAAGCUGUUCUUCAGGAGUGUCAUAACACUUUCACAGCCUGUUUUCACUCAUUCUAUCCAACACCAGCUCUACAGUGGGCUUGCCUUUGUGACUUGCUAAAUUGUUUAGAUCAGGAUAUCCAGGAAGCAAACUUCAAGACUUCAAGCAGUAGGCUUCUUGCAGCUGUAAUGUCAGCCUUGUGUCAUACAUCGGUGAAACUGACAUCCAUCUUUCCUAUUGCUUAUGAUGGAGAAGUCUUACUACAUUCUAUGGUGAAACAAGUUAGCACUGAGAAUGACUCUGCACUGGCCCAUCGGUUUCCUCUUUUGGUAGCACACAUGGAAAAACUUAGUCAGUUCAUUUUACAGAAUGAAGAAAAUAUCUCGGGGAUGACAAGCUUUCGUGAAGUGCUUGAGAAGAUGCUGGUUAUUGUUGUGUUGCCAGUAAGAAACAGCCUUAGGCGUGAAAAUGAACUAUUCUCUGCACAUCUGGUUUCUAAUACCUGUGGAUUACUUGCAAGUAUUGUGAGUGAACUCACAGCUUCUGCGCUGGGAUCGGAGAUUGAUGGACUUAACUCUCUUCAUUCUGUCAAAUCAAGCCCAAAUAGAUUCACAAAAACAAGCCAAGGAAGAAGCUGGAAUACUGGGAAUGGGUCCCCUGAUGCAAUUUGCUUCUCUGUGGACAAACCUGGUGUUAUUGUUGUAGGAUUCUCUGUCUAUGGAGGAGGAGGAAUCCAUGAAUAUGAACUGGAAGUACUAGUUGAUGAUAGUGAUCAUACAGGAGAUUCAACUCAUUCUCAUAGAUGGACAUCUCUAGAGUUAGUUAAAGGAACAUAUACUACAGAUGACUCCCCAAGUGAUAUUGCUGAAAUUAAACUUGACAAAGUUGUUCCCUUGAAGGAAAAUGUGAAAUACGCAGUCCGUUUGAGGAACUAUGGGAGUCGCACAGCUAAUGGAGAUGGAGGAAUGACGACUGUCCAGUGUCCAGAUGGUGUAACUUUUACUUUCAGUACAUGUAGUCUGAGCAGUAAUGGCACAAAUCAAACACGAGGGCAGAUUCCACAAAUUCUAUAUUACAGAAGUGAGUAUGAUGGUGAUCUACAGUCACAGCUCUUAAGUAAAGCCAAUGAAGAAGAUAAAAAUUGUAGCAGAGCACUUUCUGUUGUGAGUGCUGUGGUACGAGCUGCUAAAGACCUUUUACACAGGGCUCUUGCUGUAGAUGCUGAUGACAUUCCAGAACUGCUCAGCUCUUCCAGUCUCUUUUCUAUGCUCCUUCCUCUUAUCAUUGCCUAUAUAGGACCUGUGGCUGCAGCUAUUCCCAAGGUUGCAGUUGAGGUUUUUGGCCUCGUUCAGCAGUUGCUGCCAUCUGUAGCUGUUUUGAAUCAAAAGUAUGCUCCUCCUGCCUUCAACCCCAACCAGUCUACAGACAGCACUACAGGAAACCAACCUGAACAAGGGCUCUCUGCUUGUACUACCUCUAACCACUAUGCUGUCAUUGAAUGUGAACACCCCUACAAGCCAGCAUGUGUUACCCACUACAAGGUGACAUUUCCAGAAUGUGUCAGAUGGAUGACAAUAGAAUUUGAUGCUCAGUGUGGAACUGCUCAAUCAGAGGAUGUUCUUCGCUUGCUCAUUCCUGCCCGACUCAUCCAGAUUUCAGGGUUUGGAACAAAGCAGACUUCUGUUCAUGAAAAUCUCAAUUCGUGGAUAGAACUGAAGAAAUUUUCAGGCUCAUCUGGAUGGCCUACUAUGGUCCUAGUGCUUCCAGGUAAUGAGGCACUCCUCUCACUGGAAACUGCAUCAGACUAUGUGAAAGAUGAAAAGGCAACUUUCUAUGGUUUCAAGUGUUUUGCAAUUGGUUAUGAAUUUAGCCCAGGACCUGAUGAGGGUAUAAUUCAGCUUGAGAAAGAGCUGGCCAAUCUAGGAGGAGCAUGUGCAGCUGCAUUGAUGAAAAAAGAUCUGGCAUUACCCAUUGCAGGCAAUGAAUUUGAAGAAGAUCUUGAAAUACUGGAAGAAGCUGCUCUUCAGGUUUGUAAAUCUCACUCUGGAAUCCUGGGGAAAGGGUUAGCAUUAUCUCAUUCACCAACUAUCUUGGAGGCUCUUGAAGGAAAUCUCCCACUGCAAGUACAAAGCAAUGAACAAUCAUUUUUGGAGGAUUUCAUUUCAUGUGUACCAGGAUCAAGUGGCGGGCGGCUUGCAAGAUGGCUUCAACCAGAUUCUUUUGCCGAUCCCCAGAAAACAUCAUUGAUUUUGAAUAAAGAUGACAUACGAUGUGGCUGGCCUACUAUAAUUACUGUGCAGACGAAGGACCAGUAUGGUGACGUUGUUCAUGUGCCUAAUAUGAAGGUGGAAGUGAAGGCAAUUCCUGUUUCCCAGAAAAAAACUUCUUUGCAGCAAGAACAAGCAAAAAAACUUCAGCGUAUACCAGGCAGUCCCGCAGGUGCUGCUGCUUCUUCCACUGACAUGACCUUUGGAGGCCUUCCUUCUCCAAAACUGGAUGCCUCAUAUGAACCAAUGAUAGUGAAGGAAGCUCGUUACAUUGCUAUUACAAUGAUGAAGGUAUAUGAAAAUUAUUCUUUUGAAGAGUUGCGCUUUGCUUCACCAACACCUAAGAGACCAAGUGAAAACAUGUUGAUAAGAGUCAACAAUGAUGGCACUUACUGUGCUAACUGGACUCCAGGAGCAGUUGGUCUCUAUACCAUUCAUGUUACAAUUGAUGGCAUUGAAAUAGAUGCUGGACUAGAAGUAAAAGUAAAAGAUCCUCCAAAAGGAAUGAUACCACCAGGAACCCAGCUGGUAAAACCGAAAACAGAGCCUUUACCAAACAAGGUUCGCAAAUUUGUGGCCAAGGACAGUGCAGGGCUGCGUAUCCGUAGCCACCCUUCCCUUCAAAGUGAGCAGAUAGGCAUAGUAAAAGUCAAUGGAUCCAUUACCUUUAUUGAUGAGAUUCACAAUGAUGAUGGUGUAUGGCUACGGCUGAAUGAUGAGACAAUAAGGAAAUAUGUUCCUAAUAUGAAUGGUUACACUGAAGCCUGGUGCCUUUCUUUUAACCAACAUCUUGGCAAGAGCCUUUUGGUCCCUGUUGAUAAUAUCUUUAAUGCUAGCCAAGGAGUCAGGGAUUUGGACUUGUUUUCAUGGACUUCCAAACCUUUCCCCCCUCAGGAGUCUAGAUCUAAUACAGAUGACUUUUUCAAAGACCUAAACUCACACUGCCCUCAGGAAGCGGUAAUGCAGGAGCCAGAUAUGCCGUUCCUUCGUGGUGGGCCUGGAGUGUAUAAGGUAGUGAAGACUGGCCCCUCAGGUCACAACGUCAGAAGCUGUCCCAACCUUAGAGGUAUCCCAAUUGGAAUGUUAGUUCUGGGAAACAAAGUCAAGGCAGUGGGCGAGGUCACUAAUUCUGAAGGGACAUGGGUGCAGAUGGAUAAGAACAGCAUGGUAGAAUUCUGUGAAAGUGAUGAAGGCGAAGCAUGGUCCUUAGCUAGGGACAGAGGUGGAAACCAAUAUCUCCGGCAUGAAGAUGAACAAGCUUUUCUUGAUCAAAAUGGCCAGACUCCUCCGCCAAGUCCUUUUUCGUUGCAGACUUUCAGUAAGGGGACAGUGUGUAGUAAUGGGCAAGGAUUUGAUUAUGGCCUUGGAAACAACAAAGGUGACCAACUGAGUGCCAUACUGAAUUCCAUUCAGUCACGGCCUAGUCUCUCAGCUCCUUCCAUCUUUGAUCAAGCUGCAAAACCUCCCUCUUCCCUAGUCCACAGCCCAUUUGUGUUUGGACAAUCCCUUUCCUUCCAGCAACCUCAGCCACAGCUUCAGAAAACUCCAUCCUGCUGCCUUGCUUCUCGUGAACGCAUUUACAAAAGUAAUGAUGUAGCUGGGCCUGCCUCUGCUAUUUCAUCUCUCACACACAAACUGAAGGGUACUCUUGUCACAUAUAGAGUGCAUGCUAAUGUUUGUUUUGAAUAUGUAUACCCAGGCGACAGAGUGAAUUUUACUGCAGCUGCUAGACCAGUUUCUCCAGCAGUGAAAGCAGACAUGGCAUCAAAAUACAAAGUGGAUAGCAGGUCCCCUAAACCUGAUAGCCGUAUGAGCCACGCUGCUGUAGACAUGAAGAAACCCAGGAAUAUUGAGAGCAUAUCUGCGAGUGAAUCUUUGAUGCUUAAAUCUGAUACUGCAAAGCUGAGGUCAGAUUCCCACAGCAGAUCAUUAUCUCCAAACCACAACACUCUGCAGACCUUAAAAUCUGAUGGGAGGACAACAUCUGGUCUGAGGGCAGAAUCUCCAGGGCCAGGAACCCGAUCAUCUUCUCCAAAAACACUCUCAGCAGGAAAGUCCUGUACAUCUGGUGUUGGUUCUCGCCGGUCAUCAUCUCCUCAUGAAAAGACUGUGUCUCAGAAACCUCCAGCUCCAGUGAAAACAAAGCUUGAUCCUCCUCGGGAGCGAUCUAAAUCAGAUUCAUAUACACUUGACCCAGAUACUCUUCGCAAAAAGAAAGUGCCCCUGACAGAACCACUAAGGGGAAGGUCUACUUCCCCCAAACCAAAAAUUGUGUCAAAAGAUGGUAAACCUGUGACUGAAACAGAAAACAGAGCCCCUUCUCCUCACGUUGUGCAAGAAAACCUUCACAGUGAAGUUGUUGAAGUCUGCACUUCAAGUACCUUAAAGACUAAUAGCAUUACAGACAUUACUUGUGAGGAUAACUCUGAAUUCAAAAGUGUGGAUGAUUGCUCGAAUAAAGUUCAUUUCAGCAUAGGAAAAGCACCACUGAAGGAUGAGCAAGAUACAAGAGCAUCCCCAAAAGUGAGCCGCAAAUGUGCAAAUAGGCAUACAAGACCCAAAAAGGAAAAGUCUGUCUGUCUUUUCAAAGGCGAUGGUCCCAGAACUGUAGAGCCUGCCAAACAAGCAAUGUCACCCUCUGUAGCUGAAUGUGCCAGGGCUGUUUUUGCUUCUUUCCUGUGGCAUGAAGGAAUAGUCCAUGAUGCAAUGGCCUGCUCAUCUUUUUUGAAAUUUAAUCCAGAACUUUCCAAGGAGCAUGCACCAAUUAGAAGCAAUCUUGGUCAACAGCCUAUAGAGGAAAAAGAAACCAAGCUGAAAAAUAGGCAUUCCCUGGAAAUAUCUUCUGCUCUAAAUAUGUUUAACAUAGCCCCCCAUGGACCUGACAUAUCAAAAAUGGGCAGCAUAAAUAAAAAUAAGGUCCUCUCUAUGCUUAAAGAACCUCCUCUUCAUGAACGAUGUGAGGAUGGAAAAAAUGAAACUACCUCUUUUGAAACAGCUAGUCACCAUACUAUGAAGUCCAAGUCCCCUCUUCCCUUAACACUGCAGCACCUGGUAGCCUUUUGGGAAGACAUUUCUUUGGCAACUAUCAAGGCAGCUUCUCAGAAUAUGAUUUUUCCAAGCCCUGGGUCCUGUGCAGUUUUGAAGAAGAAAGAAAGUGAUAAAGAUAACAAGAAAUCCAAAAAGGAAAAGAAGAAAAAAGAGAAAGCUGAGCCCAGACCAAGGGGAAAUCUCUUUGGUGAAAUGGCUCAGCUUGCAGUGGGGGGACCAGAGAAAGAUACCAUCUGUGAACUGUGUGGGGAAUCCCACCCAUAUCCAGUGACCUAUCACAUGAGACAAGCUCAUCCAGGUUGUGGCCGCUACGCAGGUGGACAAGGCUAUAACAGCAUUGGACACUUCUGUGGAGGAUGGGCUGGUAAUUGUGGUGAUGGUGGCAUAGGAGGAAGCACAUGGUAUCUCGUUUGUGAUCGGUGCAGAGAAAAAUAUCUCCGUGAAAAACAGGCAGCGGCAAGAGAAAAGGUCAAACAGUCUCGGAGAAAGCCAAUGCAAGUUAAGACACCUCGUGCCUUGCCCACCAUGGAAGCUCAUCAAGUUAUCAAAGCAAAUGCAUUGUUCUUGCUGGCAUUGAGCAGUGCUGCUGAGCCCAGUAUUCUGUGCUACCACCCUUCCAAGCCAUUCCAAUCACAGCUUCCUAGUGUCAAGGAAGGGAUUUCAGAGGAUUUUCCUGUUAAAAUGCCUUGUCUCUAUCUUCAGACGUUAGCAAGACAUCAUCAUGAAAACUUUGUUGGUUAUCAAGAUGACAACCUCUUUCAGGAUGAGAUGAGAUAUUUGCGCUCAACUUCAGUACCUGCGCCGUACAUAUCUGUAACUCCUGAUGCCAGUCCUAAUGUCUUUGAGGAGCCAGAAAGUAACAUGAAAUCCAUGCCACCAAGUUUAGAGACUAGCCCCAUCACAGAUACGGAUCUUGCAAAGCGCACAGUUUUUCAAAGGUCAUAUUCAGUUGUUGCAUCAGAAUAUGAUAAACAACAUUCCAUUCUACCUGCACGCGUAAAAGCUAUCCCCAGAAGGAGAGUCAACAGUGGAGAUGCAGAAGUGGGGUCUUCUCUCCUGAGACAUCCAUCUCCUGAACUUUCUCGGUUAAUCUCCGCCCACAGCUCUCUUUCCAAAGGAGAGAGAAAUUUCCAGUGGCCUGUUCUGGCAUUUGUAAUCCAACAUCAUGACUUGGAGGGACUUGAAAUUGCAAUGAAACAAGCUUUAAGAAAAUCAGCUUGCCGAGUGUUUGCUAUGGAGGCUUUUAACUGGCUUCUUUGUAAUGUCAUUCAAACAACAUCUCUUCAUGAUAUUCUGUGGCAUUUUGUGGCUUCUCUUACUCCUGCCCCUGUUGAGCCAGAGGAAGAAGAGGAUGAGGAGAACAAAGCAAACAAAGAAAAUGCUGAGCAAGAAAAGGAUACGAGAGUCUGUGAGCAUCCAUUGUCGGACAUAGUGAUUGCUGGUGAAGCAGCUCAUCCUUUACCCCAUACUUUCCACCGUUUGCUACAGACAAUCUCUGACCUCAUGAUGUCUCUCCCAAGUGGAAGUUCAUUACAACAGAUGGCCCUGAGAUGCUGGAGUCUUAAAUUUAAGCAAUCGGAUCACCAAUUUCUGCACCAAAGCAAUGUCUUUCACCACAUUAACAACAUUCUGUCGAAAUCUGAUGAUGGAGACAGUGAAGAAAGCUUUAGUAUUAGCAUCCAGUCUGGUUUUGAAGCUAUUAGUCAGGAAUCAUGUAUAGUAAUAUGUCUGAAAGACUUAACCAGCAUCGUCGAUAUUAAAACUUCAAGCCGACCAGCCAUGAUUGGCAGUUUGACAGAUGGGUCAACGGAAACCUUCUGGGAAUCUGGAGAUGAAGAUAAAAAUAAGACUAAAAAUAUUACAAUUAACUGUGUAAAAGGAAUUAAUGCUCGAUAUGUGUCUGUCCACGUUGACAACUCACGGGAUCUAGGGAACAAAGUGACUUCAAUGACCUUUUUAACAGGGAAAACAGUAGAAGAUCUUUGCAGAAUAAAACAGGUUGACUUGGACUCAAGGCAUAUUGGCUGGGUAACAAGUGAACUACCGGGUGGAGAUAACCACAUCAUCAAAAUUGAAUUAAAGGGACCAGAGAAUACUCUCAGAGUUAGACAAGUGAAAGUGUUGGGAUGGAAGGAUGGUGAAAGCAUCAAAAUAGCAGGCCAGAUCUCAGCAAGUGUAGCUCAGCAAAGGAACUGUGAAGCUGAGACACUGCGAGUCUUCAGACUCAUCACAUCUCAGGUCUUUGGAAAACUCAUAUCUGGAGAUGCUGAGCCAACACCAGAACAAGAAGAAAAAGCUUUGCUGUCUUCACCUGAAGGAGAAGAAAAAGUACACAAUGCAACUUCAGACGCAGACCUGAAAGAGCACAUGGUUGGAAUCAUAUUCAGCAGAAGUAAACUAACUAAUUUGCAAAAGCAGGUUUGUGCUCAUAUUGUACAGGCUAUCCGAAUGGAAGCAACUCGUGUCCGUGAAGAAUGGGAGCAUGCCAUUUCUAGCAAAGAAAAUGCAAACUCUCAGCCUAGUGAUGAAGAUGCCUCAUCUGAUGCCUAUUGUUUUGAGCUGCUCUCCAUGGUGCUGGCACUGAGCGGUUCUAAUGUAGGGCGUCAGUACUUGGCUCAGCAGCUGACGUUGCUUCAAGAUCUCUUCUCACUGCUACAUACUGCUUCUCCCAGGGUACAGAGGCAGGUAACAUCUUUACUGAGGCGUGUGCUGCCAGAAGUCACCCCUAAUCGCUUGGCUAGUAUCAUAGGGGUCAAGGCACUACCCCCAGCAGAUAUAAGUGAUAUCAUUCAUUCAACGGAGAAGGGAGAUUGGAAUAAGCUGGGUAUCUUGGACAUGUUCCUGGGUUGUAUUGCCAAAGCACUCACUGUACAGCUAAAGGCCAAAGGAACCACUAUAACUGGUACAGCUGGUACUGCAGCUGGCAAAGGAGUUACCACAGUUACAUUGCCAAUGAUUUUCAAUUCCAGCUAUCUAAGGCGAGGUGAAAGCCACUGGUGGAUGAAGGGAUCAACGCCAACACAGAUAUCAGAGAUCAUUAUUAAGCUCAUUAAAGACAUGGCAGCUGGUCACUUGUCUGAAGCUUGGUCCCGUGUAACAAAAAAUGCUAUUGCUGAAACAAUCAUUGCAUUGACCAAAAUGGAAGAAGAAUUCCGAUCACCAGUGCGUUGUAUUGCAACAACUAGGCUCUGGCUGGCUCUUGCAUCCCUUUGUGUGCUUGAUCAGGACCAUGUAGACAGACUGUCCUCUGGAAGAUGGAUGGGAAAAGAUGGGCAGCAAAAACAAAUGCCUAUGUGUGAUAACCAUGACGAUGGAGAAACUGCUGCAAUCAUCCUAUGUAAUGUCUGUGGGAAUCUCUGUACAGAUUGUGAUAGAUUUCUCCAUCUCCAUCGGCGAACAAAGUCUCAUCAGAGACAGGUAUUCAAAGAAGAGGAGGAAGCUAUCAAGGUUGAUCUGCAUGAAGGUUGUGGUAGGACCAAACUGUUCUGGCUGAUGGCGCUUGCAGAUUCUAAAACCAUGAAGGCUAUGGUAGAAUUCAGAGAACAAACAGGCAAACCCACCACAAGCAGCUCUGAUGCUUGUCGUUUUUGUGGCUGCAGAAAUGGAACAGAAUUAUCAGCAGUAGGCAGUGUCUGUUCUGAUGCCGAUUGCCAGGAGUAUGCUAAGAUAGCUUGCAGCAAGACUCAUCCUUGUGGUCACCCCUGUGGAGGUGUCAAGAAUGAAGAGCACUGCUUGCCCUGUUUGCACAGUUGUGAUAAGAGCACCACAACCCUUAAACAAGAUGCUGAUGACAUGUGUAUGAUUUGUUUCACGGAAGCACUUUCAGCAGCACCGGCUAUUCAGUUGGACUGUAGUCAUAUAUUCCACCUGCAAUGCUGUUGCAGAGUUUUAGAAAACAGAUGGCUUGGGCCACGGAUAACAUUUGGGUUUAUGUCCUGUCCUAUUUGCAAGAACAAAAUUAAUCAUACAGUAUUAAAGGACUUACUUGAUCCAAUCAAGGAGCUCUAUGAAGAUGUAAAAAGGAAAGCAUUAAUGAGACUGGAAUAUGAAGGGCUGCACAAAAGUGAGGCGAUCACAACACCUGGAGUUCGGUUUUAUAAUGACCCCGCUGGCUAUGCCAUGAACAGAUAUGCUUAUUAUGUUUGCUACAAAUGCAAAAAGGCCUAUUUUGGUGGAGAAGCACGUUGUGAUGCUGAGGCUGGUCAGGGAGAUGACUAUGAUCCUCGAGAGCUCAUUUGUGGUGCCUGUUCUGAUGUUUCACGGGCUCAGAUGUGCCCCAAACAUGGUACAGAUUUUCUAGAGUACAAAUGUCGUUAUUGCUGCUCAGUGGCUGUGUUUUUUUGCUUUGGGACAACACAUUUUUGCAAUGCUUGCCAUGAUGACUUCCAAAGAAUGACUAGCAUUCCUAAAGAAGAACUUCCACAUUGUCCUGCAGGUCCCAAGGGCAAGCAACUUGAAGGAACAGAAUGUCCUCUUCAUGUAGUCCAUCCACCUACUGGCGAGGAAUUUGCACUAGGCUGUGGAGUCUGCAGAAACGCACAUACUUUUUAGUCCAUAGUCAUCUUAUUUGCCAGAUCCAAGCUGUUGUCAUCCUGCAACUGUCCUGAGUUCAGCAUAAAACAUAAUUAGAAUGAGGAUGGGACCAUUUCAUAAUACAGGGGAAAGGAACAAUUUACAGCCAGAGAAGGAUGCCAAAUACCAUUUACAUAACCCUUGCUUUGGGGAAAUUGACGUUUGUGACCCAGGACAUCAAACUUUGUGAGGUGUUUGCAUGUGGCCAUUACGCGAUCAGCUGUGAAACAUUGGACACUUACAAAUAAAUAAUUGCUGUCAAAGAAGCGCUAAAGGCUCUGUUUCCAUGGACUCCAAAUGAUGCUGGAUAUCAGAUGAAGAAAAGGUGAUUAUUGUAUACUGACUUUUUUGUAAUCCUGUACAAUUGUAACUGCAUCACGGGUAGGGGUGGAAAAGACGAAUAUUCUGGUUUAUUUCUUAGACUGUUAUUAAAGUGUUAGGAAGGCAUAAAUGUAACCAGUAUCACGCUGUAUAUAUAAAAUAUCAAUGUUUGUCCUGUAUAAGAAUUACUAAAUUGUAAACAGCAGUUUCAUUUAAACUUCUGGGUUAUGUUUGAGCCUGAAAUUUUAUUGAAGUGCAAUACUGAGUGUGCCUCAUAUCUUGCAGCUGUAAACAUAAUGGAAUGUACAUGUCAAUAAAGCCGCUGUACAUUUUUAUACAGUGAAAGUCUAAAGAAUGUGAAAGAACUUUUUAUUUGGGAGCAACUAAAAUUCAUGUUUUAUACAUAUUAAAUGAGAAACUGCUAAACCAUAUCAG